CUGCCCGCCGGCCUUUUGCUCCUUCCCUUUCAUUAAACAAACGGGAGGUCCCAAAACCCGGACCCAACGGCGAGAGGUGGCAGCAGAGUAGGCUGAGCUCGGGGUAGUCGCCGAGAGGGAUCUGCGAUCCCUCGCAUCCCCGCCUCUCACCCCCACCCCCGCCCUCGCGCGCACCACACACAUACACACACACACACACACACACACACACACACACACACCGCACAAACACACACUCGCACACGCCCGCGCCGCGCGCUGAACUGCUCUCUCUCCCACGCAGGCGGAAUGCAGCAGCGCCCGGGGAGCUCGUCUGCAGCCGCUGCCUGAAUGCACCUCGCUGCCCGGAGCCAGGCCGCCCAAUAGGGCGCAAGGCAGGAAGCUUGGCCGCCAAAGCCUGGACAGUCUCAGACGGAGUAGUGUCAGCACAUGGUUUGAGACAUGGCUGUCGGAAACAACACUCAACGCAGUUACUCCAUCAUUCCGUGUUUUAUAUUUGUUGAGCUUGUCAUCAUGGCCGGGACAGUGCUGCUCGCCUACUACUUCGAAUGCACUGACACUUUUCAGGUGCAUAUCCAAGGGUUCUUCUGUCAGGAUGGAGACUUGAUGAAGCCUUACCCCGGGACGGAGGAGGAGAGCUUCAUCACCCCUCUGGUGCUCUAUUGCGUCCUGGCUGCCACCCCAACUGCUAUUAUUUUUAUUGGUGAAAUAUCCAUGUAUUUCAUAAAGUCAACAAGGGAAUCCCUGAUUGCUGAGGAGAAAACAAUCCUAACAGGAGAAUGCUGCUACCUGAACCCCUUACUCCGAAGGAUCAUUAGAUUCAUAGGUGUAUUUGCAUUUGGACUUUUUGCUACUGACAUUUUUGUAAACGCCGGGCAAGUGGUCACUGGCCACCUGACACCGUACUUCCUGACAGUGUGCCAGCCAAACUACACCAGUACAGACUGCCGGGCACACCACCAGUUCAUCAGCAAUGGCAACAUCUGCACGGGGGACCUGGAAGUGAUAGAAAAGGCUCGGAGGUCCUUCCCCUCCAAACACGCUGCCCUGAGCAUUUACUCGGCCUUGUACGCCACGAUGUACGUCACAAGCACAAUCAAGACAAAGAGCAGUCGGCUGGCCAAGCCAGUGCUGUGCUUGGGGACCCUCUGUACAGCCUUCCUGACAGGCCUCAACCGGGUCUCAGAAUACCGCAACCACUGUUCAGAUGUGAUUGCUGGCUUCAUCCUGGGCACCGCAGUGGCCCUGUUUCUGGGAAUGUGUGUGGUUCAUAACUUUAAAGGAACGCAAGGCUCUCCUUCCAAACCCAAACCUGAGGAUCCCCGCGGAGUCCCCUUGAUGGCUUUCCCAAGGAUAGAAAGCCCUCUGGAAACCUUAAGUGCGCAGAACCACCCAGCCUCCAUGACCGAAGUCACCUGAGGUGAAUGAAGAGAUGCAGCUGUUUUGGAUUUCUCUCUCUCUCUUUUUUUUUUCCAACAACCUUCCAGUUUAAUACUUCAAAACACACAGUUACUCAAGUCAAACUGUGAAGACAAGUAUUACAUUUAUCUAGUUAGAGGCUAAUGUUUUGUACAUUUUUUUGUAUGAAGAAGUGAUGUAGCUUGCCCUGAUCUUUUUUUUUUGUCAGCUUUAAUAUAUUUAUGCCAGAAUUUUAAAACCAACAAAAUUUUCCUCUUGUUCAAGUGUGCAUUGAAGAAUCACAUUUAUUCAAUGGUUGAUGUUGUUUUGUGAUAUUUGUACACAAAUCUUUUCUCAGUUUUAUAGACAAAUAAAGUAAAAGAUCCACUUUACACCUUUGUUACCACAGUUGCUGCCUCCUCCAGAAGUUUCGAAUUUUAAUGAAAGUUAAACUUUUGAGUUACAGGAAGGACCAUGGUGGUUAAUUGUAAAUCUCAAAAAUCAAUUGUGAAAAAAAAAAAUUUGGAGAGAAUAUCAUGUUCUGUGCCGUGAAUGGUUUUUGCACUCCGAGUUAAAGUGAUGACAUACUAGUGAAUUUUCCGAGUUACUUAACUAUUGGCACAGAAGCCUCUAUUUGGGGCGUGUUUUGGUUACAAGACUCUUUCUUAGAUAGGCCUCACCCACCUAAGGAACUCAAGGUCAAUCUGGAAUUCUGUCCUUGGGCAGGUGACACUGUAGCCUUCUAUCCAAGAAAGCAGCUAGCACCAGCCUUUCCUGUCAGCUCAACAGUUUUGUAUAUCAUAUUGUACGGACUUUAUAUGAAAAAGAAUAUUUUACAGUUUGCACAGUAUUAUUUUACAGAAAGGAUAUCAGAGCAUCUACAACAUUGCGCCCAGAGCAUCAGCUUCACUUUGGGGCUUUUAACUGUUCUUGGAUUUUAACUGCAUCCUGUUUUUCUAGUGUGGUAAUAAUGUGUCCCUCCUUUGAAUGAAGGUUCUCUAUCUGUAUCUAUCAAAAUGUUUUCCUAACACAUUCAUGUCAGCUCUUCCUAGCU